AUGUAAAAUAAUAAUUUUAGAAGGCCCUAUUUUUCUAUUCAUAGCAUCUCAUAAACAUCUAGAUCACAAAGAAAUGCUAGAAUUAUAAUAAAAAAAAAUAACAUUAAACUUAAGAAUAUUAAUGUAGCUAGAUAAGAAAGAAGCCUAAGUGCUCCUCAUAAUAUGAAAUUUUUUGGGAAGAUAUUUAUCCCUCCACAAAUGUUCAGGAGUCAAUAAUAAUAGCAUAGUAUCUAAGAAUCUUUAUCUCCAACAAGGUUAUCGAAAAUAAGAACUGGGAGAAAUACACUAAAAUUUUCAGAACAUGUUUCUAAUGAACCAAGCCCUUUAGUGAUUGUUAACAACCAAAAAGUUGAGGAUUAAGUAAAAGAAAUAUAGAAAAGAAAAAGUUGUGAUUGUUCUGAAUGUGGUAAGUAAUCCAUAUUCCAAAAGGACACAAUGAACUACGGUGUUUAAAUUAAUUAAUUAAAGAGAGAGCAGGAGUCUGCUAUUAACAAAUUUAAAAGAUCAAUAAGAAAACAAUAAACUUUGCUAUUUCCUUAAUAUCUCAAUUCCCCCAAAAAUAGCACGAGCAAUGAAAACAUAGUGGAAGAAAUAUAAAUACUUAGAGAUGAUAUAAUGAUCAAAUCCUUUAUUCACAGACCAACCUUAAGUAGUUUAGUCUUUGAAGAGUAGGUCUUCGUGAAUAAAUAAUCACCAAUUCACUCUUAGAGCAGAAUUAAGCUUAAUUAUUUAGAAUCCUUUUUAAUGAAACAAUAGAAAAUAAUGAUUUAAGAAAGAUAAAAAUUCUCUAGAUAAUCAGAACUAUUUGAAUCUCUACAUAAAAAGAGUAAUUUUUCCAAUAAAAAUACUUAAAUGCAUACACCCUAGGUACUCACUCCUAGAUCUCCAGCUUCAUCAAUAAUUACAGCAUUCCCGUCCUAAUCUCCUGUCAAAAAAAAGAAUUAAAUUAAUGUUUAUUUAUAGCCUCAAAAAUCAAAAUUCUUUACAAACUAAAAUAGAAUUACAACUCUUCCUGAGGUGCAUUAAUGA